AUGGAAAGCGGGAGAAUGGGGCGGGGUGAUGGAAAGCGGGAGAAUGGGGCGGGGUUAUGGAAAGAGGGAGAAUGGGGCGGGGUGAUGGAAAGCAGGAGAAUGGGGUGGGGUGAUGGAAUGAGGGAGAAUGGGGCGGGCCCGCCCCAUUCUCCAGCUUUCCAUCAACUUGCCCCUUUCUCCCGCUUUCCAUCUCCCCGCCCCAUUCUCCCGCUUUCCAUCACCCAGCCCCAUUCUCCCGCUUUCCAUCACCCCGCCCCAUCUUCGCGCUUUCCAUCACCCUGCCCCAAUCUCCCGCUUUCCAUCACCCUGCCCCAAUCUUCCGCUUUCCAUCACCCCGCCCCAUUCUCCCUCCUUCCAUCACCCCGCCCCAUUCUCCCGCUUUCCAUCACCCCGCCCCAUUCUCCCGCUUUCCAUCACCCCGCCCCAUUCUCCCGCUUUCCAUCACCCCGCCCCAUUCUCCCGCUUUCCAUCACCCCGCCCCAUUCUCCCUCCUUCCAUCACCCCGCCCCAUUCUCCCGCUUUCUAUCAUCCCGCCCCAUUCUCCCUCCUUCCAUCACCCCGCCCCAUUCUCCCUCCUUCCAUCACCCCGCCCCAUUCUUCCGCUUUCCAUCACCCGCCCCAUUCUCCCGCUUUCCAUCACCCCGCACCAUUCUCCCUCCUUCCAUCACCCCGCCCCAUUCUCCCGCUUUCCAUCAUCCCGCCCCAUUCUCCCUCUUUCCAUCAUCCGCCCCAUUCUCCCUCCUUCCAUCACCCCGCCCCAUUCUCCAACUUUCCAUCACCCCGUCCCAUUCUCCUUCCUUCCAUCACCCCGCCCCAUUCUCCCUCCUUCCAUCACCCCGCCCCAUUCUCCCGCUUUCCAUCAGCCCGCCCCAUUCUCCCACUUUCCAUCACACCGCCCCAUUCUCCCGCUUUCCAUCACCCCGCCCCAUUCUCCCGCUUUCCAUCACCCUGCCCCAUUCUCCCGCUUUCCAUCACCCCGCCCCCUUCUCCCUCCUUCCAUCACCCCGCCCCAUUCUCCCUCCUUCCAUCACCCCGCCCCAUUCUCCCGCUUUCCAUCACCCCGCCCUAUUCUCCCGCUUUCCAUCACCCCGCCCCCUUCUCCCUCCUUCCAUCACCCCACCCCAUUCUCCCUCCUUUUUAUCACCCCGCCCCAUUCUCCCGCUUUCCAUCAUCCCGCCCCAUUCUCCCGCUUUCCAUCACCCCGCCCCAUUUUCCCGCUUUCCAUCACCCUGCCCCAAUCUCCCGCUUUCCAUCACCCUGCCCCAAUCUUCCGCUUUCCAUCACCCCGCCCCAUUCUCCCUCCUUCCAUCACCCCGCCCCAUUCUCCCGCUUUCCAUCACCUCGCCCCAUUCUCCCGCUUUCCAUCACCCCGCCCCAUUCUCCCGCUUUCCAUCACCCCGCCCCAUUCUCCCGCUUUCCAUCACCCCGCCCCAUUCUCCCUCCUUCCAUCACCCCGCCCUAUUCUCCCGCUUUCCAUCAUCCCGCCCCAUUCUCCCGCUUCCCAUAACCCCACCCCAUUCUCCCGCUUUCCAUCACCCCGCCACAUUCUCCGGCUUUCCAUCACCCCGUCCCAUUCUCCUUCCUUCCAUCACCCCGCCCCAUUCUCCCUCCUUCCAGCACCCCGCCCCAUUCUCCCGCUUUCCAUCAGCCCGCCCCAUUCUCCCACUUUCCAUCACCCCGCCCCAUUCUCCCGCUUUCCAUCACCCCGCCCCAUUCUCCCGCUUUCCAUCACCCCGCCCCAUUCUCCCGCUUUCCAUCACCCCGCCCCGUUCUCCCUCCUUCCAUCACCCCGCCCCAUUCUCCCUCCUUCCAUCACCCCGCCCCAUUCUCCCGCUUUCCAUCAGCCCGCCCCAUUCUCCCGCUUUCCAUCACCCCUCCCCUUUCUCCUGCUUUCCAUCUCCCCGCCCCAUUCUCCCGCUUUCCAUCACCCCGCCCCAUUCUCCCGCUUUCCAUCACCCCGCCCCAUUCUUCCGCUUCCCAUCCCCGCCCCAUUCUCCCGCUUUCCAUCACCCCGCCCCAUUCUCCCGCUUUCCAUCACCCCGCCCCAUUCUCCCGCUUUCCAUCACUCCGACCCAUUCUCCCGCUUUCCAUCACCCCGACCCAUUCUCCCACUUUCCAUCACCCCGCCCCAUUCUCCCUCCUUCCAUCACCCUGCCUCAUUCUCCCUCCUUCCAUCACCCCGCCCCAUUCUCCCGCUUUCCAUCACCUCGCCCCAUUCUCCCGCUUUCCAUCACCCAGCCCCAUUCUCCCGCUUUCCAUUACCCUGCCCCAUUUUCCCGCUUUCCAUCACCCCGCCCCAUUCUCCCGCUUUCCAUCACCCUGCCCCAAUCUCCCGCUUUCCAUCACCCCGCCCCAUUCUCCCUCCUUCCAUCACCCCGCCCCAUUCUCCCGCUUUCCAUCACCCCGCCCCAUUCUCUUGCUUUCCAUCACCCAGCCCCAUUCUCCCGCUUUCCAUCACCCCGCCCCAUUCUCCCGCUUUCCAUCACCCCACCCCAUUCUCCCUCCUUCCAUCACCACGGCCCAUUCUCCCACCUUCCAUCACCCCGCCCCAUUCUCCCGCUUUCCAUCACCCCGCCCCAUUCUCCCUCCUUCCAUCACCCUGCCCCAUUCUCCCUCCUUCCAUCACCCCGCCCCAUUCUCCCGCUUUCCAUCACCCCGCCCCAUUCUCCCGCUUCCCAUAACCCCACCCCAUUCUCCCGCUUUCCAUCACCCCGCCACAUUCUCCCGCUUUCUAUCACCCCGCCCCAUUCUCCCUCCUUCCAUCACCCCGCCCCAUUCUCCCGCUUUCCAUCACCCCGCCUCAUUCUCCCGAUUUCCAUCACCCCGCCCCAUUCUCCCGCUUUCGAUCACCCCGCCCCAUUCUCCCGCUUUCCAUCACCCCGCCCCAUUCUCCCGCUUUCCAUCAUCCCGCCCCAUUCUCCCUCCUUCCAUCACCCCGCCCCAUUCUUCCGCUUCCCAUCAUCCCGCCCCAUUCCCCCGCUUUCCAUCACCCCUCCCAAUUCUCCCUCCUUCCAUCACCCCGCCCCAUUCUCCUGCUUUCAAUCACCCCGCCUCAUUCUCCCGCUUCCCAUAACCCCACCCCAUUCUCCCGCUUUCCAUCACCCCGCCACAUUCUCCCACUUUCCAUCACCCCGCCCCCUUCUCUCUCCUUCCAUCACCCCGCCCCAUUCUCCCGCUUUCCAUCACCCCGCCCCAUUCUCCCGCUUUCCAUCACCCCGCCCCAUUCUCCCUCUUUCAAUCACCCCGCCCCAUUCUCUUGCUUUCCAUCACCCCACCCCGUUCUCCCGCUUUCCAUCACCCCGCCCCAUUUUCCCGCUUUCCAUCACCCCGCCCCAUUCUCCUGCAUUCCAUCACCCCGCCCCAUUCUCCCUCAUUCCAUCACCCCGCCCCAUUCUCUCGCUUUCUAUCACCCCACCCCAUUCUCCCGCUUUUCAUCACCCCGCCCCAUUCUCCCACUUUCCAUCACCCUGUCCCAUUCUCCCUCUUUCCAUCACCCCGCUCCAUUCUCCCGCUUUCCAUCACCCCGCCCUAUUCUCCCUCUUUCCAUCACCCCUCCCUAUUCUCCCUCUUUCCAUCACCCCGCCCUAUUCUCCCGCUUUCCAUCACCCCGCCCCAUUCUCCCGCUUUCCAUCACCCCGCCCCAUUCUCCCGCUUUCCAUCACGCCGCCCCAUUCUCCCGCUUUGCAUCACCCCGCCCCAUUCUCCUGCUUUCCAUCACCCCGCCCCAUUCUCCCGCUUUCCAUCACCCCGCCCCAUUCUCCCGCUUUCCAUCACCCCGCCCCAUUCUCCCGCUUUCCAUCACCCCGCCCCAUUCUCCCGCUUUCCAUCACCCCGCCCCAUUCUCCUGCUUUCCAUCACCCCGCCCCAUUCUCCCGCUUUCCAUCACCCCGCCCCAUUCUCCAGCUUUCCAUCACCCCGCCCCAUUCUCCCUCCUUCCAUCACCCCGCCCCAUUCUCCCGCUUUCUAUCACCCCGCCCCAUUCUCCCUCCUUCCAUCACCCCGCCCCAUUCUCCCUCCUUCCAUCACCCCGCCCCAUUCUCCCGCUUUCCAUCACCCCGCCCCAUUCUCCCGCUUCCCAUAACCCCACCCCAUUCUCCCGCUUUCCAUCACCCCGCCACAUUCUCCCGCUUUCCAUCACCCCGCCCCAUUCUCCUUCCUUCCAUCACCCCGCCCCAUUCUCCCUCCUUCCAUCACCCCGCCCCAUUCUCCCGCUUUCCAUCAGCCCGCCCCAUUCUCCCGCUUUCCAUCAGCCCGCCCCAUUCUCCCGCUUUCCAUCACCCCGCCCCAUUCUCCCGCUUUCCAUCACCCCGCCCCAUUCUCCCGCUUUCCAUCACCCCGCCCCCUUCUCCCUCCUUCCACCACCCCGCCCCAUUCUCCCUCCUUCCAUCACCCUGCCCCAUUCUCCCGCUUUCCAUCAGCCCGCCCCAUUCUCCAGCUUUCCAUCAACUUGCCCCUUUCUCCCGCUUUCCAUCUCCCCGCCCCAUUCUCCCGCUUUCCAUCACCCAGCCCCAUUCUCCCGCUUUCCAUCACCCCGCCCCAUCUUCGCGCUUUCCAUCACCCUGCCCCAAUCUCCCGCUUUCCAUCACCCUGCCCCAAUCUUCCGCUUUCCAUCACCCCGCCCCAUUCUCCCUCCUUCCAUCACCCCGCCCCAUUCUCCCGCUUUCCAUCACCCCGCCCCAUUCUCCCGCUUUCCAUCACCCCGCCCCAUUCUCCCGCUUUCCAUCACCCCGCCCCAUUCUCCCGCUUUCCAUCACCCCGCCCCAUUCUCCCUCCUUCCAUCACCCCGCCCCAUUCUCCCGCUUUCUAUCAUCCCGCCCCAUUCUCCCUCCUUCCAUCACCCCGCCCCAUUCUCCCUCCUUCCAUCACCCCGCCCCAUUCUUCCGCUUUCCAUCACCCGCCCCAUUCUCCCGCUUUCCAUCACCCCGCACCAUUCUCCCUCCUUCCAUCACCCCGCCCCAUUCUCCCGCUUUCCAUCAUCCCGCCCCAUUCUCCCUCUUUCCAUCAUCCGCCCCAUUCUCCCUCCUUCCAUCACCCCGCCCCAUUCUCCAACUUUCCAUCACCCCGUCCCAUUCUCCUUCCUUCCAUCACCCCGCCCCAUUCUCCCUCCUUCCAUCACCCCGCCCCAUUCUCCCGCUUUCCAUCAGCCCGCCCCAUUCUCCCACUUUCCAUCACACCGCCCCAUUCUCCCACUUUCCAUCACCCCGCCCCAUUCUCCCGCUUUCCAUCACCCUGCCCCAUUCUCCCGCUUUCCAUCACCCCGCCCCCUUCUCCCUCCUUCCAUCACCCCGCCCCAUUCUCCCUCCUUCCAUCACCCCGCCCCAUUCUCCCGCUUUCCAUCACCCCGCCCUAUUCUCCCGCUUUCCAUCACCCCGCCCCCUUCUCCCUCCUUCCAUCACCCCACCCCAUUCUCCCUCCUUUUUAUCACCCCGCCCCAUUCUCCCGCUUUCCAUCAUCCCGCCCCAUUCUCCCGCUUUCCAUCACCCCGCCCCCAUUUUCCCGCUUUCCAUCACCCUGCCCCAAUCUCCCGCUUUCCAUCACCCUACCCCAAUCUUCCGCUUUCCAUCACCCCGCCCCAUUCUCCCUCCUUCCAUCACCCCGCCCCAUUCUCCCGCUUUCCAUCACCUCGCCCCAUUCUCCCGCUUUCCAUCACCCCGCCCCAUUCUCCCGCUUUCCAUCACCCCGCCCCAUUCUCCCGCUUUCCAUCACCCCGCCCCAUUCUCCCUCCUUCCAUCACCCCGCCCUAUUCUCCCGCUUUCCAUCAUCCCGCCCCAUUCUCCCGCUUCCCAUAACCCCACCCCAUUCUCCCGCUUUCCAUCACCCCGCCACAUUCUCCGGCUUUCCAUCACCCCGUCCCAUUCUCCUUCCUUCCAUCACCCCGCCCCAUUCUCCCUCCUUCCAGCACCCCGCCCCAUUCUCCCGCUUUCCAUCAGCCCGCCCCAUUCUCCCACUUUCCAUCACCCCGCCCCAUUCUCCCGCUUUCCAUCACCCCGCCCCAUUCUCCCGCUUUCCAUCACCCCGCCCCAUUCUCCCGCUUUCCAUCACCCCGCCCCCUUCUCCCUCCUUCCAUCACCCCGCCCCAUUCUCCCUCCUUCCAUCACCCCGCCCCAUUCUCCCGCUUUCCAUCAGCCCGCCCCAUUCUCCCGCUUUCCAUCACCCCUCCCCUUUCUCCUGCUUUCCAUCUCCCCGCCCAAUUCUCCCGCUUUCCAUCACCCCGCCCCAUUCUUCCGCUUUCCAUCACCCCGCCCCAUUCUUCCGCUUCCCAUCGUCCCGCCCCAUUCCCCCGCUUUCCAUCACCCCUCCCCAUUCUCCCUCCUUCCAUCACCCUGCCCCAUUCUCUCGCUUUCCAUCACCCCGCCCCAUUCUCCCGCUUUCCAUCACCCCGCCCCAUUCUCCCGCUUUCCAUCACCCCGCCCCAUUCUCCCUCCUUCCAUCACCCCGCCCCAUUCUCCCGCUUUCCAUCACCCCGCCCCAUUCUCCUUUCUUCCAUCACCCCGCCCCAUUCUCCCUCAUUCCAUUACCCCGCCCCCAUUUUCCCGCUUUCCAUCACCCUGCCCCAUUCUCCCGCUUCCCAUAACCCCGCCCCAUUCUUCCGCUUUCCAUCACCCCGCCCCCCUUCUCUCUCCUUCCAUCACCCCGCCCCAUUCUCCUUCUUCCAUCACCCCGCCCCAUUCUCCCGCUUUCCAUCAGCCCGCCCCAUUCUCCCGCUUUCCAUCACCCCGCCCCUUUCUCCCGCUUUCCAUCUCCCCGCCCCAUUCUCCUGCUUUCCAUCACCCCGCCCCAUUCUCCCGCUUUCCAUCACCCCGCCCCAUUCUUCCGCUUCCCAUCAUCCCGCCCCAUUCCACCGCUUUCCAUCACCCCUCCCCAUUCUCCCUCCUUCCAUCACCCCGCCCCAUUCUUCCGCUUUCCAUGACCCGCCCCCAUUCUCCCGCUUUCCAUCACCUCGCCCCAUUCUCCCGCUUUCCAUCACCCCUCCCCAUUCUUUUGCUUUCCAUCACCCCGCCCCAUUCUCCAGCUUUCCAUCACCCUGCCCCAUUCACCCGCUUUCCAUCACCCGCCCCAUUCUCCCGCUUUUCCAUCACCCCGCCCCAUUCUCCCGCUUUCCAUCAGCAGCCCCAUUCUCCCGCUUUCCAUCACCCCGCCCCAUUCUCCAGCUUUCCAUCACCCCGCCCCAUUCUCCCGCUUUCCAUCACUCCGACCCAUUCUCCCGCUUUCCAUCACCCCGACCCAUUCUCCCACUUUCCAUCACCCCGCCCCAUUCUCCCUCCUUCCAUCACCCUGCCUCAUUCUCCCUCCCUUCCAUCACCCCGCCCCAUUCUCCCGCUUUCCAUCACCUCGCCCCAUUCUCCCGCUUUCCAUCACCCAGCCCCAUUCUCCCGCUUCUCCAUUACCCUGCCCCAUUUUCCCGCUUUCCAUCACCCCGCCCCAUUCUCACGCUUUCCAUCACCCUGCCCCAAUCUCCCGCUUUCCAUCACCCCGCCCCAUUCUCCCUCUUCCAUCACCCCGCCCCAUUUCUCCCGCUUUCCAUCACCCCGCCCCAUUCUCCCGCUUUCCAUCACCCAGCCCCAUUCUCCGCUUUCCAUCACCCCGCCCCAUUCUCCGCUUCCAUCACCCCACCCCAUUCCUCCCUCCUUCCAUCACCACGGCCACAUCUCUCCACCUUCCAUCACCCCGCCCAUUCUCCCGCUUUCCAUCACCCCCGCCCCAUUCUCCCUCCUUCCAUCACCCUGCCCCAUUCUCCCUCCUUCCAUCACCCCGCCCCAUUCUCCCGCUUUCCAUCACCCCGACCCAUUCUCCCGCUUCCCAUAA